AUGCGCCAGCGUGUGCCUUGGCCGUUGCUGCUCCUGACCCUGUCGCUGCAGCGUUUAACGAGCCUGUCGACGGUGCGGUCGAAGACGCACAGCGAGGCGGUGCUGAUAUCCGGCGACAUCGUGCUGGGCGGGCUGUUCCCGGUGCACGAGAAGGGCGGCGGGACCGCGUGCGGGCCCAGCAUCUACCACCGCGGCGUGCAGCGCCUCGAGGCGAUGCUGUUCGCCGUCGAUCAGAUCAAUCAGGAUCCGAACAUACUACCGGGCGUCACCCUGGGGGUGCACAUCCUCGACACGUGCGGCCGCGACACGUACGCGCUCAAUCAGAGCCUGCACUUCGUCCGCGCGUCCCUAUCCAACAUCGACAUCAGCGUGCUCGAGUGUGCGGACAAGUCGACGCCCAGGGUGAAGAGGACCGCGAGCGCCGGACCGAUCUUCGGCGUGAUCGGCGGCUCGUACAGCUCGGUGUCGUUGCAGGUGGCGAAUCUGUUGCGGCUCUUCCACAUACCCCAGAUAUCGCCGGCGUCCACGGCCAAGGCGCUCAGCGACAAGACCAGGUUCGACUACUUCGCGAGAACAGUACCGCCGGACACCUUCCAGUCGAUCGCGCUGGUCGACGUGGUGAAGAGCGCCAACUGGUCGUACGUCUCCACCGUGUACUCGGAGGGCAGCUACGGCGAGUACGGGAUCGAGGUGUUCACGCGCGAGGCCACCGAGCGUAACGUCUGCAUCGCCGCCGCGCUGAAGGUGCCCAGCGCCGCCGACGACAAGGUCUUCGAUGACAUCAUUCAGCGGCUGAGCAAGAAACCGAACGCCCGCGCGAUCGUCCUGUUCACCCGGGCGGAGGACGCCCGCGGCAUCCUCGAGGCCGCGAGACGGUCGAAUCUCAGCCAGCCGUUUCAGUGGCUGGCCAGCGACGGCUGGGGCCGACAGAGCAAGCUGGUCGAGGGCCUCGAGGAGGAGGCCGAGGGCGCCAUCACCGUCGAGCUGCAGUCGAGGAACAUCCCCGGCUUCGACACCUACAUGGAGUCGCUCACCCCGGAGAACAAUCGGCGUAAUCCGUGGUUCGGCGAGUACUGGGAGGAGGUGUUCGGCUGCACCCUGCAGCGCCGGAACGCGGCGGCGGAGCGCCUCGGCCCGCAGAUCUCCGGAUGGCGGAUGACCGGCGCCGGCGGCGGCGGCGGCGGCAGCGGCGGUGGCGGCAAUCAGAGUCUGGUCAGCAUCUGCUCGCCUGGGCUAAGGCUCAGCGCGGCGAGCGGCUACGAGCAGGAGUCCAAGGUGCAGUUCGUCGUGGACGCGGUCUACGCGUUCGCCCUCGCGCUCAAUAAGCUGCGCCGCGACCUCUGCGGGCGCGGCGAGGGCAUGUGCUCGUCAAUGGCCAACUACGACCGCGGCGCGUUCUAUAAGAAUUAUCUGCUGAACGUGUCCUUUGUAGACGCCGCCGGCAGCGAGGUGAAAUUCGACGAGCACGGAGACGGCCUGGCGCGAUACGAGAUCCUCAAUUUCCGCAAGGGGACGAACAACAACGGCGGGAACGGCUAUCAUUAUCGGGUGGUGGGCAAAUGGUACAACUCCCUGGACAUCCGCACGGAGGAGAUGGUGUGGGCGCACGGGACGAAGGACAUACCGAUCUCCGCGUGCUCGCUGCCCUGCGAGCCAGGUAUGAUAAAGAAGCAACAGGGUGACACUUGUUGCUGGGUGUGCGACCAGUGCGAGGCGUACGAGUUUGUCUACGACGAGUACACCUGCAUGGACUGCGGCCCGGGUUUCUGGCCGCACCCCGACAAACGGGGCUGCUAUCAGCUACCGGUCAAUCAUAUCAGGUGGAGCAGCGCCUUCGCCAUCGCGCCCGCGGUGAUAUCCGGCCUGGGCAUCGUGGCUACUCUGGCGGUGGCGUGCCUGCUCUUCCAGCACCGCGACACCCCGGUGGUGCGCGCCUCCGGGCGCGAGCUCACCGUGAUCCUGCUGGCGGGCGUGCUGGUGUGCUACCUCAACACCUUCGUGCUCCUCGCGACGCCGACCACGGCGAUCUGCGUCCUCCAGCGCUUCGGCGUCGGCGUGAGCUUCAGCGCCGUGUACGGCGCCCUGCUCACCAAGACCAACCGGAUCGCCAGGAUCUUCGACUCGGCCUCGAGAUCCGCCGUAAGACCGCGGUACAUCAGCCCCACGUCGCAGGUCUGCGUCGCGGCCGCGCUGAUCGCCUUCCAGGUGGUGCUGACGCUGGUCUGGAUGAUCAUCGAGCCGCCGGGUACCAGGUACUCGUACCCGGAUCGCCGUCAGGUGAUCCUAAAGUGCAACAUUCAGGACAUGAGCUUCCUGUUCUCCCAGCUGUACAACGCCCUGCUGAUCCUCAUCUCGACCGUGUACGCGGUGAAGACGCGCAAGAUCCCGGAGAACUUCAACGAGAGCAAGUUCAUCGGCUUCACCAUGUACACGACGUGCAUCAUCUGGCUCGCCUUCGUGCCGAUCUACUUCGGCACCGGGAACGUCCACGAGACUCAGAUCACGACCCUCUGCGUGGCGAUCAGCCUGAGCGCGUCCGUCACCCUGGUCUGCCUCUACUCGCCCAAGGUCUACAUCAUCGUCUUCCAGCCGGACAAGAAUAUACGCGGCAAGGUCUGCAUGGGCAGCACGUUCAAGAAGCAGGGCAGCAGCGCCGGCGCGUCCUCCAUGACGAAAUACACGGGCGAGUCGGCGAGCGAGAACGUGCCCAUGCAGGGCGCCCUGACCGCGGCGGUGCGGACGUCCGUGGGGGUCACCGAGAUCUCGCUGACGUCCAGCACCACCAGCAAGACCAAUAACGAGCAAGUGGCGCAGUUGUAGGCUUAAACAUCGUGUGACACUACUUGAUGCAAGAAACAGAGAUAAACAGAUAGAAAAAGAGAGACGCACACACGGCGGCGCAUCGUUGGAUGUGUCCGGAAAGAGAGAGAAUGAAAUUAAAUUAAAAUUGUGCUGGCAUUGA